AUGGCCCCCUGGAAACUACAAACAAGAACCCACAACCUGCACAGUCAACCAGGACUGGAUUUUCCUGGUCAUUCCAGUUUCCUGGUCAACGGACGUCUUCCACUGAUCGAAGAUGAGGAAGACUGUGUGUUCUACCUCGAGAACACUGGUAUCGCAUUAGUAAUGAUGGCCAAGAACAUCACUCCCCUCUAUCGCGUUCUACAACGAGUCCAGCACACUAUCCACACUCCUGGUGGGCUUGACAAAGGGCUUGACAAGCUUCCAGGCCCGAAGACGGGUACUACGACUGACUAUCUGGUCUUCGAAGUAAUGGACGACCAUAAAUCCCACAUGCUUGGGCUGGGGUUCCUUAACCAGGCCACUGGCGACAAUAUAGAUAGGAGAGGACAAAUGCGACACAUGGAUGUAUUUCGGCGGACCACAUCGCUUUCUGCUGUACCACUAUACUAUAAAUCUAGAGAAGUUCUGUACGGUAUCUGGUGUGAAGAAGCCUUUUUCUGA